CGUAAUUCGAUAAUUAUGUACUAUCCCACGGUCAAGUGUCUCGUUACAUAGAAAGCUAAUAUAAAACAGAGCUGUAUCUGAAAGAAGUCAGUCAGUGUUUAGAUUCUGUAAAAUAUUAUUCAGAAUGUCUCGACUUGGGAUGUUCGCUUGCCUGUUGAUGCUGGUAGCAUUAGCCAUCUGCGCAGAGGUGCCAGCCAACAUGAAGGGCCCCGAGCCGCCCAAGGAAGGAGGUCAAAAACUGGAUGUACCCCGUCGUGACGCUCAGGUUCCCUCUCGUCCAGAACUACCCCGUUCUGAUGCCCCUCGCCCAGAAGGCAGGACCGGGACCGACCUUCCAAAAGGUGAUAAUCCCAAACCUGAUGCUAAGGGAACUCCAGAAGCGAAGAGUUAAAGCGUUCACCUGAACCCUGUAGUUAAUAGAUAGACCAAAGCACGCCAAUGAUUAUUAAGUAUUAUUAUUUUUUAUUACUAUGUAUUUCAUACAUUAGUUGAGCAUUAAAAAAAUCAGCUGCAGCUGCGAAA